CCAUUUCCACGCUUGUGCUGCCGAGAGUCUGGGAGCUAGCGUGCAGCGGCCGUCCAUUAGCGGCAACGACACCACGACGGACUGCAACAUUGUCAUCUGCUGCCGAGACGACAUCUUUUAACAUCAUUCGCUGGAUAAAGGCGUCAACACGGUCUCUAGAACAACAAUGCCUCCCCCGAUGCGCCACCGCUCCAUGCGCGUCUUCAUGAACGAUGACCGCCACGUCAUGGCCAAACACUCGGUCAUCUAUCCAACUCAGGAGGAACUGGAAAGCGUGCAGAACAUGGUGUCCCACACAGAGCGGGCCCUCAAGGCUGUCUCCGACUGGCUGGACAAGCAGGAGAAGGGGACAUCCAAGUCUGAUUCUGAUAGCGCAGAGACGGAUAAGGAAAGCGAGCACAGAGAUCAGGCCACCCGAUCUCUGCGUGGCGUAAUGAGGGUGGGCCUGGUUGCCAAGGGGCUGCUCCUGAAGGGGGACCUGGACCUGGAGCUGGUGCUCCUCUGUAAGGAAAAGCCUACCAUCAAUCUGCUGAAGAAAGUCUCUGAAAACCUUGUUACGCAGCUCAAGAUGAUCACAGAAGACAAGUAUGUGGUGACGCAGCACAUCCGCGAGGCCAGCAUCGUCAUCAAGAACAGCAAGGAGCCUCCUCUCACCCUCACCAUUCACCUGACUUCCCCUCUGGUCCGUGAGGAGAUCGAGAAGGCUGCUACCGGAGAAUCGCUUUCAGUCAACGAUCCCCCGGAUGUUCUGGACAGGCAGAAAUGCCUAACUGCCUUGGCGUCUCUCCGCCACGCUAAGUGGUUCCAGGCUAGAGCUAAUGGGCUGCGCUCCUGCGUCAUCGUCAUCCGGAUCCUGAGGGACCUCUGUGCUCGCGUCCCCACGUGGGCCUCGCUUCGUGGCUGGCCGCUGGAGCUGAUCUGUGAGAAAGCCAUUGGCACGGGGAACCGGCCCAUGGGGGCGGGAGAAGCUCUGCGGAGAGUGUUGGAGUGUCUCGCUUCAGGAAUCCUCAUGCCAGAUUGUGCUGGAAUCUCUGAUCCGUGUGAGAAGGAGCCCACAGAUGCCGUCGGUCACUUGGACCGCCAGCAGAGAGAAGACAUCACAGCGAGCGCACAACACGCCUUAAGGCUGUCGGCUUUCGGACAGCUUCACAAAGUGCUUGGAAUGGACCCCCUUCCCUCAAAGAUGCCCAAGAAACCUCGUAGUGAGACUCCUAUUGAUUACACAGUGCAAAUCCCACCCAGUACGGCGUACGCCCCUCCAAUGAAAAGGCCCAUUGAGGAAGAGGAGGGAAUCGAUGACAAGAGUCCGAAUAAGAAGAAGAAAAAGCUGCAGAAGAAAUCUCCGGAGGAGAAGGCAGAGCCUCCCCAGGCCAUGAACGCCCUGAUGAGGCUCAACCAGCUGAAGCCAGGUCUGCAGUACAAACUCAUAUCUCAGACCGGCCCCGUUCACGUUCCCGUCUUCACCAUGGCCGUGGAGGUGGACGGCAAGACCUUCGAGGCUUCUGGUCCCUCCAAACGCACCGCUAAGCUGCACGUAGCCGUAAAGGUUCUGCAGGACCUGGGCCUGCCCACAGGAGUGGAGCUGAAGACGGAGCCGGUGAAAUCCGAGGAGGUGGAAGUCGCUGUCGCUGUGGAGGAGCUGAAACCGGUCAUAACGGCCGUAGAAAGAACCACGACUGCCACGGGAGCCGCCAACGCAGACGCCGCCAACGCCGAGACUGCUCGCCAACAGGGACCAAUCCUCACCAAACACGGCAAGAACCCCGUGAUGGAGCUCAACGAGAAGCGCCGCGGCCUGAAGUACGAGCUCAUCUCGGAGACCGGCGGCAGCCACGACAAGCGCUUCGUCAUGGAGGUGGAGAUCGACGGGCAGAAGUUUCAGGGGACGGGGUCCAACAAGAAGGUGGCCAAGGCGUACGCCGCGCUGGCGGCUUUGGACCGGCUCUUCCCUGAGGGAUCCAUGGCUGAGGCCGCGAAGAAGAAAAAGGGACCGCCCAUGCACACGCCGGGCUUCGGCAUGAUGGGCGCGCCGGGCGCAGAGGUCGCUAUGCCCCGCGGCCGAGGGAGGGGGGGUCGAGGGCGCGGCAGGGGGAGGGGCUUCAAUAACGGAGGAGGCUACGGCCAAGGAGGUGGCUUCGGGACGUACGGUUACGGGAACGCUAACUCCGGAUACAGUGACUUUGUCUCAGACUGCUAUGGCUACCACGAGUUUGCGACAUAGAUCUCCCCCCACUAUUACCAACAAAAAACCACACAUCCUGUAGAGGAUGGAGAAAAAAAAAAAAAAAACACAAAUAAUAAAUGGACAAAAUUCUCAGUAGUGUUCCGGCAGCAUCAUGAACUCCCUGCACCACCAAGUCCGCAACCCUGGGAAAUGAAUAAAGAGACACCAAGUCUUCCCCCACUGUCUUCCCAAUCCUCAUGUCCUCACACCUCGGGGGAGACGAUCCGCCGCCGCCACCGCCGCCG